CAUCAAUAUUAAUUCCAAUAAAUAAAUCGAUGAAUCUUGAAAUUCGGGUUUGGUAUUUGGUCCAACUGAAACAUCUAUUUUAUCGAAAUCGUAUUUUUUUGCAAAUUACUUAGGUACAUGACUUGAGAGUGAUACGUGGUGCAGAUGUGAAAACGUGACUUAGAAUUCGAAAACUUUGAAAAUGAAUUUGAUUGUGAUAUAUUUUGCACUAAUUGCAAUAAUAAUUUUAGGGUUUAUGAUACUAAUAGCAUUUGUACCCAAGGCAUUAGCGAAAACAUGUAAAAGUAAAGUAUGUUUGGUGGGAAAGACUGCUGUUGUGACGGGAGGAAGUUUUGGUAUAGGAUAUGAAAUAGUAUUAGGCCUCGCACAACGAGGCUGUAGAGUAAUUGUAGCAGAUAAAAUAGUUAACAAUGAUAUCAAAAAUAGAAUAAUUCAAGAGACAAACAACACAGAAAUAUAUUUAGAAUAUGUGGAUUUGGCUUCUUUCCAUUCUGUUAGAAGUUUUGCUGAUAGGCUCAAAAAAAAAGAAGAAAAAGUGGAUAUUCUAAUACACAAUGCUGGCAUCGGACCAUGCAGUGGAGCUAUAAGUGAAGAUGGUUUGAACAUAACUAUGCAAGUUAAUUAUUAUAGUCCUUUCUUGCUCACACAUUUACUUGUUGGAUUAAUGAAAAGUUCUCAAUCGGCUCGUUUGAUAUUUUGCAGUUCGCUAAUCGUCUCGGCGUUUUUAAAUAUAUUUAUAAUUGGAAGGAAACUGGAGCAGGUUUUUGGUGACUACAAGUUAUCAAAGUUUUGUUUACUAGUAGCUUCGGAUAUUUUCGCCGAAAAACUACGACAAUACAACAUCACAUCGAAUGCUUUCCAUCCAGGAGCAGUACAUACUCAAAUUCAUUAUCAAUUUUUCAAACACAAUUUUUUUACUAUAUGUAAUAAAAUCCUGGGGCCAUUGAUUUUUAAGACUCCUGAAGUUGGGGCACAGACGGCAAUCUACUUAGCAUGUGCUAAUGAGGUCCAAAACAUAACGGGCACUUUCUUUGGUGACUUAAUGCCAGCUUGUAAACCUAAAGAUAUCUCAAACAAAACAUUGUGCGAAACCAUUUGGAAAGGAUCAGAAAAAGUAGUGAAGUUGAAAAAAGAUGAAUUAUUGUUAUAAUUAUUGACCUUGGGAAUACAAGCAAUGAAAGUUUCUUGGAAAUUAGUUGAAAUAAAAAAUUUGACUUUGUAUAAACUGUACGAAUGGAAAUUGUUCGGUUAAAUUAAAUUUGAUGUAAUAACUUUA